AUGUCGGUGAAUUUACCCAAGUCAUCAUGCCCAGCGACUUCAAUUGACCUUUAUUCAAUGCAUAGUUCUCCCAUUAUUCGACCAAGUUCUAAAUCACCUGGUGUUAAAGUUGCUCCUGUUAGCAUAGGUGCACCUGCAAUAGCCGAAACUGCUAAUUAUCUAGAAGGGCUCAGUGUGUCAGCCAAAGAAGACAAUCCUGUGAUGCCACCUAGUUCGUCAUAUUUUUCAGCAGCGGCAGCAUUUUCUGGUCCACCGGCCUCAACUGCCGGUUUAAUUCCCGUACUUGCAGAUUCAACCAGCUAUAAUAAUUUCCAAACGCACCCUCCAACUCCUGAUUCGGUAAGUUCUGGCCCUUCAUCCCCACAAAUUAGUAGAAACACCACCAAGCCUGAGUUAAGUCCCUUGAAUUCCAGAAAUGACACUCCUUCUAAUAGUACACCAAGCAUACCUAUGAGUAUAGCUUCUGCCACUGCUGUUCCUUGCAGUAUAGUUUCAGGGCACACUUUGAAAACCCCUACAUCUUCAGCUACAUCUAUAGGCGCCCCUUUGGACUCAACUCCUCUGAAGCAACAAUCACCACUGCCUUAUAUAGCCAAGAAGAAGCAUCGCCCUCCAGAGCUUGACUUUUCGCAAAAGUUGACUAAAGAUGGACUUUUACGUGCUCCUGCGAGCGCUAGGAAUGCUUCUCCAAAUGUAAUGAGUGGGCACUUUCAUGGACCAAAUACGUUGGAACAUAAAAGAAGCGCUGACUCUCUACUCAGAAAAUUUCGGUCUCCAUCACUUCCCUCCAAUGUUGUGCAGGUGGGUGGACCGUUGGUAGAGCUUCCAUCAUUUAUAAAGCCCAUUUCUGCAGCGGAAGUGCAUGAUCUCCUGUCUGGAUACAUGAGCAACAAACAGGAUUCCUCGAGCUUGUCUGAUAACCACGAGAAGCUUACUAGAAAUUCAUUCGAGUCUGGACUGUCAACACCUGCUGGUGCUAGUAAUCGAUCAUCUGCAUCGUCCGUCUCUUCCUCUUCUACUUUUUCAUCAGGAAACUUUGCUGAAGAUGGUUUGUCAGUUAAGCCUGAUGAUCCAAUAUCGCCACGUAAGACUCCGGAAAGGAUACAUGCCUUACCCGAAGAUGAUGCUAUAUCUUUUCUUUAUGACAAGUCAAUUCUGGAUGAUGUAUUUAUUGUUGAUACCCGCCCAUUUGCAUACUUCACGUCGAGUCGCAUUCCCAAUGCAACUCAUGUUUGCAUCCCAUCAACUUUAUUGAAGCGGCCAGCUUUUACAGUCGCUCGUUUUGCUGAGUGCAUGGCUCCUGAACAGAGGCCCAAACUUGCAAAGCUGGCAAACUAUAAGCACAUCAUAGUAUACGAUCAGUCCACCUAUGAUGCAAUGGGAACGUCGUCUAUGACUCUGAUGUAUACUUUGCUAAAACUAGGAAGAGCAGAAGAAAUCAAAGGAAGGAUUUGUUAUCUACAAGGGGGGAUGUCGGAAUUUGAACGCAAAUUUCCGUCUUUCAUCGACAGGUCUGCCCCUGUAGCAUAUGACUCCUGUUCGGGUGAAUCGCCUGCCAAAGCAGCAAACCUUAACCUUGGGAACGCAAUGAAUAUGAGUCCAUUUGGUAAUGUGCCCUCUACAAGUUCGUCAAUGUCAUCCAUGGCUGUUUCUGCUUCGAAUGCAUCACCACAGUCAAGGCUUCAAAAGACGGUGACGCCACGUAUUGCUCUCCCCCCUGUUCUUACUGGAUUCAGUUUGCCAGCUGAAUGUAAAGAGAUGACAACAGCAAAUACAGGAUUUAUGUCUCUCGACAGUUACUAUUAUACUGAUGACGCUGUUCCAGUUGGUUUACCUACAAGCCUUUCAACUAAGAAAAUUGAAGAAAGAUUUCCUGAGUGGAUAAAGCCAAUUACUGAGAGCAGUGGAUCUAAGUUAGUAGCUCGGCGGUUCUAUGAAAUCGAACAAUCAGAGAGGACUAGACUACAAUCUGCGUUUAGUAGGGAUAGAGCUUUCAGUACGCCAUCUCUGCACGAUAGUGAUGGCAAUGUACAAUACAGUGUAACAGCCGGUGUUAAAUAUGGCUACAAGAACCGUUAUCAUAAUAUCUGGCCCUAUGAUCAUGCUCGAGUCAUUCUUCCGAUACCCGACUCAAGUUGUGAUUAUAUAAAUGCGAGCUACAUCUCUACUGAUUGGUCUACUAAACGUUACAUAGCCACUCAGGCUCCCCUACCAGAAACCAUUGCUGAUUUUUGGUCUGUUGUAUGGGAUGAAAACAUUCCGAUAAUCGUAAUGCUUACGGCUGAAUACGAAGGUGGUCAAUUGAAAUGUCAUCAAUAUUGGAAAGAUGCUAUCUUAGGAAAUCGAUUUCAAUUGACAAAGACUGAUGAAAAAUCGGUGCCAUUAUCGUCUAAUCGCGGUUCAUAUGUGACCGUCCGAAGGUUCCGAUUAGUUAAUAUCAGUACGUCGGUUGGUCAUGAUGUGGUGCAAAUUCAUUAUACAGAGUGGCCAGAUUUAGGUGCUCCUGCAAGUGCUGAGGACUUAUUAUCGUUAUGCUCAUUGAAAAAUAGCCUCAUGAAAGAUUGGAAAUAUCACCAUCCUGAAUUGACGUCGAAAAAAGAGCCAUCAGUCAUUGUACAUUGUAGUGCGGGAUGUGGGAGAACUGGGACAUUCUGCACAGUAGACUCUGUGAUUGAUAUCUUAUCUACCCAAAAGAGUAACCCCCAGUCCAGUCUUCCAAGGGGCAAUGAUGUCGAGGAAGAUCUUAUUUAUAAAGUGGUGAAUGAUUUUAGAUGCCAGAGGAAAUCUAUGGUACAGAGUUUGCGACAAUACGCUAUCUGUUACGAGAGCGCUAUUCUUUGGUGUUCCCGCGAGCUCUAA